AUUUCAGUUCAGGAACUCAAUUUUGUGCACAGAAACAAUAGAAAGCUUCUUUAAAAAUGAAACUCUCACUAGAUCCAUGAGUUUUAUCAUUACAAAAAAAAAAGAAAAAAAAAGAACAGGAAAAAUCUAAGCAAAAUUCAAUUCAAAAGCACAGCUGGAUGUAUUUAGGAUGGAAUGAGGUCAGUAUUAUCUGGCACUGAGGGAGAUUGGAAAAUAGGAGAUUCUGGUAGGAAAUGUUUCUUUUAAGGCUAAAGACGAAGGACAUUUCGUCGUCUUUAACUCUUCCGACUCCACAGUUUACUUUUAAAGCACAGGAAAACUCUUGAAACAAAAGGGCCUUGAAAGGUUGUGAAAAUGCUACACAAUGACGCCCUCAAGUGGCAAACUGCAGUACUACCUUAAAAAAAGAGUUAAGUUUCGGUUUCCAAUCAGCAGAAACGACACCGACCAUUUCCUUCUCCUCUUGGACCGAGCGGCUUCUCGACCACAGCUGCUGUCGCCUCUUGCCUUCAGGGCGGAAGCGCUCCUGAAGGAGCCAUGGAGGCUGAAAUAUUAAAGUUCAUCUGCGCUAAUCAAGGAGCAGCUGAUGCCGAAGAGUUGAUGUACAACCUUUUCCCAGGGGAGUCCACGACUGAGGUGAUUUCCAACCAAAGCAAGUUUGCCUUGUGUUCCAGCAAUGGGCAACAGAGAGUGGUGGCCAGGACCAGCCUGAGACUGUGCAGGAAGAAAGGCUGUCCGGGGACGUGCGAGGGGCUACACAUGUGUAAAAACUUCCUCUUCUCCGGCUCCUGUCACUUCCUACAAAGAAAAGGCUGCAGUUUCCCCCACGUUUUGAACUCUGACUACAACCAAAGGCUGCUGAUAGAACAUGAGCUGGAGGGCCUGAGCAGGGCGGAGCUGUGUACGCUGCUGCUGCAGAGCGACAACUCCAUGCUGCCUGCUAUAUGUCAUGAUUACAAUAACGGUGAUGGAGUAUUUGGCCGGUGUACGAGCGGCGUAGAUUGUGAAAGACUCCACAUCUGCCAGAAGUACCUGACCCAAAGCUGCAGCUGCUCCAGAGCCCACGACUUUACUGCUUUUCAGCCAAAGAAGGUCCUGCACGAUAAGAUGGUGCCCGACGACAUGCUCCGCUCAUUGAAGUCCGUUUACGCAAAUCGAGAAGCGUUGAGGUACUAUGACAGAGGCGGAGCUGGUAGGGGUCACAGGGGCAACGACGGCUCCAACCAUGGGCCAAAUUCAGGUCGCAGGCCGGGCAACAGAGGGAGAGGUGGAAAUAGGGGCAACCGGGGGCCCAGAGGUAGAGGUAUGAGGGGCAGCAGGGGGAACAGAGGAAACUCCAGACAGCAAGAAACAGCCACCCAUAGUGACCUCGUGGGAGACCUUGAUUGGUGGGCUACGGUCACUGGACAAGGAUGUUUUGAAACCAAGAGUGAGCAAGGAGAUUUCUGGUCAUCUAGCAGUGACGUCUCUGGUGCUGGCUGCGAUUUCGAUUCAAGAAGUGACUGUGGUUUGAGUACAGAGCAGAGGCAGUGGAACCGAGGGAGAGGGAGAGGGAGAACCAUCUACAGGGGGUUCAGAGGAACCAGGGGAAGCAGAGGGGGCCGCGGAAAUGCAGGUAACGACAUCACGCAGCUACGAAGCACUUCCUUUGGUGACAUCUGGGGUGAGUUCAGUGGCUUGAACCUGUGCAGCCAAAGCAAGAGUCCCCCGCCAAGUUUUAAUUCGUCAAACAGUGACGUCUCUGCCGCCGCUGACGACUCCGAGGCGAGCAGCAAUAUGAGGAAAAAGCGCAGUCGAAGUCGCAAUCGGACUUCAGCGAAUAAAGGGAGAGGCGGCAACCAACCAGGGCUCCGAAGAACGUCUGCCGUCGAUGAAAUGAUUGGUGCAGCUGGUGGCCAAGAGGGAAAUGGAGCAGAUGACCAGAAAGGCAGACAAAAAAACAAACCUGUCAAAGAUAAAACUGAGAUAUGCAUGUACUUCAUUAAAGGCUACUGCAAGCAUGAUGACAAAUGUUUUAAAGCUCACGACAAGAUGCCGUACAGAUGGCAGGUCCAGGAAGGAGGCCAGUGGAACGCCUUGCCUGAUAACGAGGCAAUUGAAAAGGAAUACUGCGAUCCCAGCAACACGUACAGCAGCGGCAGUCCGCCUGUUCAUUUUGACACCAUGACUCGAGGAGGGAACAAAGUGCGGCGGCUCACUACGGUGAACUCUUUGGUUGAGCCGACCUUCAUUCACACCACAGAGUGGCUCUGGUACUGGCAGGACGAGUUUGGAAAGUGGAACCUGUACGGUUCAGAUAACGCUGGAAGGAAAUCAUCAGACAUCAGAAGUGAAACUCUGGAGCAGAAGUUUCUGGACAAUGAGAGCGAAGUGGAGUUCUCUGCUGGCUCCCAGUCUUAUUCUCUUAGUUUCCAGGACAUGAUUCAAACAAAUAGGCAUUAUGGUACUAAGAGGCUUGUGAGCAGACGUCCUCUGUUCGUCUCUGCCGCUGAUGUCCGAACCAAGAAAGUGAGAAGGCCUGCAGGAAGCUCUUCUCCUGUGCCAGACCACUGGGACAAGACGCAGAUCCCUCCAACAGGAUUCUCGAGAGUUGCCGUCCCGCUCACUUCGGAUGAAUUUCAAAAGCUUGAAGCACUUUUUCGAACAACCUUGAGAGGCUUCGAUAUUAUCAAGAUAGAGAGGAUUCAGAACAAGGCGCUCUGGGAAGUCUUUCAGUGGCAAAAGACUCAGAUGAAGAACAACAACAGAGGACGUGAGGUGGAAGAAAAGCAACUUUUUCAUGGGACUGACUCGAAACACAUCGACGCCAUUUGUCUCAACAACUUUGACUGGAGGAUCUGUGGAGUUAAUGGAACAGCUUAUGGCAAAGGAAGCUACUUUGCUCGGGACGCUAAAUACUCCCACAGCUACACUGGUGACUCUGAUGUCAAAACCAUGUUUGUGUCUCGAGUCCUGGUGGGGAGCUACACAAGAGGGGACUCCAGCUACGUCCGACCUCCGUCCAAAGACGGUGGAGACAUAAACUUCUACGACAGCUGUGUCAACGACAUCGCAAAUCCUUCCAUUUUUGUUGUCUUUGAGAAGCACCAGAUCUAUCCUGAGUACCUGCUGAGUUACAAGACCACACACCCACUAGUUGACAGACUUAGUAGUACAUCAGCACAGCAACCAAAACCAGUUAUUGCCCCUAAGCCGCCGGUGUAUCAACCCAAUACGGCAUCGAAACAAACCAUCUCUUCAUCACAUCAAUACGGUGCGGCAUCAUAUCUAACCAGUUCAUCAUUGUAUCCAUCCACUAUGGCGUCGAAUCAAACCAUCUCUUCAUCAUAUCAACCCACCACAGUGUCAAAACAAACCAGUUCAUCGUCAUAUCAACCCACUACCGCGUCGAAUCAAACCAUCUCUUCAUCAUAUCAACCCAGUGCGACGCUAACCCGUUCAUCAUCGUAUCAACCCAGUACAACCUCUUCACUGUACCAAACCAGAUAUGAUUCCCAACGCACCUUGUCUUCCCCACCGUCCCCCUCAAAGCCGACCAAAAAAAAUGAUUCCUGUGUUAUAGCCUAAGCACAGCUAUGAAAUGGAAAAAGGUCGUAACGGAUAAGAGAGUUCAGUGAAGUUUUUUUAUUUAAACAUUAGCACAAAAAAAUAUGUCAGAUCAGAAGGGGAAAUGAUAGUUUUUGAUAAGCUUAAAAAAUAUUCCACCCAUAUGUAGGAAAUAAUCCAAAAACAGAAGGAUAAAUAGAAAUGCAUGCAAAGGCAAAGUUGACAGUUUAAUGGAAAUAUUUGAAAUGUUUUCAUUUUAAAUGACCUAUUGCAGUGAUUUUUCAUUUAGUGCUUUAGUUUUCAUUGACAGGCCAACUCAGAGAAACGGCAGUGUUUUCUUUAGGCAGUAAGUCGUAUUUAAAUGAUUCUGUUAGCUGACGCUCACAGCCACAGAAGGCUGGACUGCCGGUCUUUAAUUGUGACAUAUAAUUUGUACGUGAAGGGCAUCCAUCCAUCAGUCCCACAAAAACACAACUAACUGUCACCACUGGUGUUUGCAUUUCAACUCCAGUGGGCUAUUUAAGGCUAAACAGUGAAUUCAAGAGUGAUAUAGCGAUGGAAUCUCAUCCAGUCGACUCCAAAGCUAUUUGAGGUUUCUAAAAAGAUGCUCAUGAAGACAUCUUUUUUUGUUUUUUUACACAUUUUUAUCCGGACAAAAACACUACAAAUAGGCUACAUUACCAAUACCAAAGUUGUAUAUGGCGCUGUAAUGCUGCUGCGAUAAAACAAAUGUAGCAGUAAACACCAGAAGGCGACAUGGACCAAGCGCAUAAAGUUUGCGCCAUGGAGCUAUUCCAAUCGAUUUGAAAACAUUUCGUUUUGGAUUGCUACAUAAUAAACACAAGAGUGGCAUUUCACAAUGUUUUUCAUUCUGAUGGGUGUUUCUAGAUGUUAAUAAUCCAUUCCUUUGUGGACAAAAAGCUGAAACAAGAACGAAAGCAGAGCAUUCUCAAAGCUCGUUCCCGCGUGAACGACAACCACCAACGAUUUUUCUUUGAGAAAAUGGACUCUUACUACUUUAAUGUAGGAGGAGCACCUAAUGAAUCAGAUCAGACAAGUCCAGAAUUCUUGCACUGAUUUGACUGAGACACACCAGGAACAACAAGGUGGUUUCUAACCGCCCUAACUUAGCACGUUUAAUACUGUACGUCAUGUAUUCAGGGAGCAGAUAGCCGCAUCACAUUAACAAUAUCAAUGGUUGGUGUGGUGUGUAGUAUUGAUAGACACUACAUUGAUCUGUCAUCAGCCACUGCUUAUUAACCGAUAAAAACUUUUAUUUUUCUUUUAAAUUAUCUUCUAGCAGCCACUAGAGGGUGAUAAAACCACGUGUCUUUUUAAAAAAUACCAAACAUUAAUUUGUCUGAUUCAAGGUGGGACAAAUUAAUGAUUUGGCACGAUAAGUUUAAAAUGAAAGGAGAGAAUCGCUCAGGUGUUUCUGCCAAAUGUUGUGUUGCUGUUACACUAAUCAUUUAAAUGCUUUUAGAUGUGAAUAAACUGCAAAACAAAACAAAAAUGUAAACUUUAAAGUUCUUCCCUAGAGCAGUUUCUCUACAUGUUGAACAAUACAUUCCAUCAGAUGUUGAUUAGGUUAUUGAAAUGAGACCGAGCUCCGAAAAAGGAAUCGGUGUGCUCAUCAGCGCCUCCUGUGGCAUGACACAUUAUUGCACUCAUUCAAUCAUUCAAUAUACCCAAUUGCGGAGAUUCUUUUUCCACAUUGAGAACUCCCCUCUCCCCAUGCCCCUCCAGCCCCCCAAGUAAAAAGUGCUCCGUUAAGAGCCCUGUUAACUUACAGCAUCUGUUUUUAUUCCAAACUUAUUUUUUGCUAUUUCUUAGCUGUGAAGUUUUUAUUGGCUCUCUAAAUCUUCUAAUUGUUGUUGGUGUAUUUUUUUUUCAUAUUCAUUUUGUUAAUUUUAAUAAAAUUAUAUGAAAGCGGAACAAUAAAUGUUAAGCCAAAGUUGCCUUUCAUAAGCCAGUAAAUUCAUCUGUUCCUCUUAAAAAUCAAAAUUGUAAUUAUGUGAUUGUGUCUUAUCAAAAUAAAGUUUUCUAUUACCA